AUGUCUGCAGUAAAUAAACCGUGUUCGAAACAGGUGCGAAUAUAUCAACCGACCUAUCAACUAAAUCCAAAAAAGAGAUUUAAUUCAGAAAACGUUGAAAAAAUACUACGACGCAUCGUUAACUCGGAAUUGGAGGAGGUUGAAUAUAGUGAAAAAAUUAUACCAGACUUGUGUAUCACUUUGGCUGACAACAUUAAAGCUGCGAUUAAAGAAGAGAAUUAUGACAGAUACAGGAUUAUAGUAGCUGUGUCAAUAGGCCAGCGUCGGCAGCAGAGUGUGAAUGUGUUUCAUUCGUUCCUUUGGGACCACGAGCGUGACGCCUUCGCCGCUCAUAGCUUUGAAAACUGUCACAUAUUCGCUAAUGUCGUUGUCUAUGGUGUUUAUUUUGAUUAA